AUGUCUGCUGCACUAUGUUUCUCAGUCUCCCCCACUUUGUUCCACAAGCCUCAAGACCCAUCCAAGGACCCCCACCUCUCAAAAGCCAACCACAGAGAGAAAUCAUGCCAACAAUCUUCGUUUGUCAUCAGCAAGAGGAAGCUUUUAUCCUCUAUUGUUAUUGGGUUGGGCCCGACAUUGGCUGGAAUUUCUGUCGCUCAGCCCAUAAGAGCUGAGCCAGAGAGCCCAGCAGCUUCCACCUCAAGCAGAAUCUCGUACUCGAAGUUCCUGCAGUACUUGGAUGAAGGUGCGGUCAAGAAGGUGGACCUCUUUCAGAAUGGAACAGUUGCUAUUGCAGAGAUAUACAAUCCAACAUUGGAAAAAAUCCAAAGAGUCAAGAUUCAGUUACCUGGUUUGCCUCAGGACUUGAUCAGGAAGAUGAAGGAUAAAAAUGUUGAUUUUGCUGCUUAUCCCUUGGAAGUUAGUUGGUGGCCUGCACUACUUGACUUGUUGGGAAAUUUGGCCAUUCCUUUGAUUUUGCUUGGUUCUCUACUCCUGAGAACAUCAACUAAUAAUCCUGCUGGUGGCCCCAACUUGCCCUUUGGACUAGGAAGGAGUAAGGCAAAGUUUGAGAUGGAACCAAAUACAGGAGUUACAUUUGAGGAUGUAGCUGGAGUUGAUGAAGCCAAGCAAGACUUCCAAGAGAUUGUUGAGUUCUUGAAGACCCCAGAGAAGUUUUCUGCCGUGGGAGCGAAAAUUCCCAAAGGGGUUCUUUUAGUAGGGCCUCCAGGGACUGGAAAGACAUUGCUGGCCAAGGCAAUUGCAGGAGAGGCUGGGGUUCCUUUCUUCUCCCUAUCUGGAUCAGAGUUCGUUGAGAUGUUUGUGGGUGUAGGGGCCUCAAGGGUAAGGGAUUUGUUCAACAAGGCCAAGCAAAAUUCACCUUGUUUGGUAUUCAUUGAUGAGAUAGAUGCUGUAGGAAGGCAGAGAGGUACUGGUAUAGGGGGAGGAAACGAUGAAAGAGAACAAACACUGAAUCAGUUGCUCACUGAAAUGGAUGGUUUUACUGGAAACACUGGCGUUAUAGUUAUUGCUGCCACUAACAGACCUGAAAUUCUUGAUUCAGCAUUGCUUAGACCUGGUAGGUUUGAUAGACAGGUCACUAUUGGAUUACCUGAUGUAAGAGGAAGGGAAGACAUAUUGAAAGUUCAUAGUAACAAUAAGAAGCUUGACACGGAUGUCUCUCUUAAUUAG